GUCCUCUAUCUCUCUCUUUCUCAUCACCUAUUUAUUAAUCUCAAUAUUCUAAGCUAUUAUAAAUACCAUAUCUUUCCAUUCAAGAAACUCACUUCUCUCAUAAUCUCAAAAUCAAACUUCAAAACCAAAUCAAUACCUCAAAAACUCCAAUCCUCAUUCAGCCUCAAUUCUUGCAAUAUUUCUUCCAAUGGGUCACAUUAGCACAACACAACUAGUUCUCUUAUUGAUUCUCUUCUCUUCCCUUUGUUCAUCACUAGAAGCAAGAAAACUUCAUCUUGGUUCAAGCAAACACAAGAAAAUUCACCCACCUCCAACUCCAAGGGACAGCUUAUUUCUGAGUUCCCUCCCUAAGGGUAAGAUACCUUAUUCAGCACCAAGCAAGAGAGGUAACUCUAUUGAAGUUGAUGAAAAGCUCGUUGCGCGUCAUCUCAUAAGCACUGAUGAAUCUGAAGUUCGGAUUCUUCUUCGAUCUGUUCCUAGUCCUGGUGCUGGCCAUUGAUUAUUUCUUCUUCAUAUACCAUACAAGAUUAUUUUUUUAUUAUUUUAAAUUUUUGUGAUAUUUUUUAGAUUAUUUUAUAUUGGUGAAGGAAUUAGUCACAAGAUAUAUUAUAUAUGGAUUAGGGAUAGUUGAGUUGUAUAAA